AUGGCUACCGCUGAAAGCUUCUCGUUGUUGUACGACCGACUGGGUGAACCUAUGGUAUCGCCCAAGGGUGAUAAAAACGCAGUAUUCCUGCUCACCGAACAACACUUGGGCGAUGAUUACAAGGCGAACGGAAUUGAGCUGAACAAUCGUUUCGGCGAAAGUGCCAACGAGGUUAUAAAUCUGGCCAACAUGAAGAGAAUACCUCGGUUUCGUGAAGCCUUGAAACUGCCUCACGACGCCGAAUUCUCCUUGUUCUUACCCGCCCACCAGAAAAUGGCAGAUGAAGUUAUUGAUGAACUACUCGCCGUCCCGGAGAAUGACCUCCAGCAGUUCCUGUCGACAUGUGUAUAUACAAGAGUGAAGAUAAACCCUCAGAUGUUCAACUACUGCUACUCUGUAGUCCUGAUGCACAGGAAGGAUACAAAGAACAUUCCAAUUCAAAAUUUAGCUGAAACUUUCCCAUCAAAAUUUAUGGAUUCCCAAGUAUUUUCCCAAGCGAGAGAGACCGCGGCUGUAGCAGCCCAAGGUGCACCGAGAGUUCCGAUCAUUAUACCAAGAGACUACACAGCUACGGAUUUAGACAUUGAACACAGAAUGGCGUACUUCAGAGAAGACAUUGGUGUGAACCUCCAUCAUUGGCAUUGGCAUCUCAUCUACCCUUUCUCAGCCAAUCAACGAAGUAUCGUUGCCAAGGACUGUCGCGGUGAACUUUUCUAUUACAUGCAUUCGCAGAUCAUCGCAAGAUACAAUGGAGAACGUCUCAACAAUUCUUUAGCUAGAGUCAAGAAAUUCAGUAACUGGGAUGAACCGAUUCCCGAAGCAUAUUUCCCGAAACUGGACAGUCUGACAACUUCCCGCGGCUGGCCGCCACGUCAGGCCAAUAUGACGUGGCAGGACCUGAAUCGUCCCGUAGACGGACUCAAGUUAACCGUUAACGAUAUGAAACGAUGGAGAAGAAACAUCGAGGAAGCUAUUGCCACUGGCAUGGUCCGGAAUCGUGAUGGGACUACGAAGCCAUUGGACAUCGACACGCUUGGCAACAUGUUGGAGGCGAGUAUCCUGUCACCGAACCCCGAGCUGUACGGCGCGUUGCAUAACAACGGACACAGCUUCACUGCUUACAUGCACGACCCCAACCAUCGCUAUCUUGAACAAUUCAGCGUAAUGGCUGACGAGGCGACAACAAUGCGUGAUCCCUUCUUCUACCGCUGGCAUGCGUUUAUCGAUGAUAUGUGCCAAAAGUUCAAGGAGUCGACCUACGUUCGCCCGUACACAAGAUCUGAGUUGGAAAACGCAGGCGUUCAGAUAACAUCGGUUCGCGUGGAAAGUGGAACCGGCGAAGUGAACACCCUGAACACGUUCUGGAUGCAGAGCGACGUGGACCUGUCGCGCGGCCUCGACUUCUCCGAGCGCGGGCCGGUGUACGCGCGCUUCACCCACCUCAACCAUCGCCCCUUCCGUUACGUUAUUAACGUGAAUAACACAGGCAAAGCUCGGCGAGCCACGAUGCGCAUUUUCAUGUCGCCCAAGUUCGACGAACGCAACCUGCCCUGGAUACUCUCCGACCAGCGUAAAAUGUUCAUUGAGAUGGACAGAUUCGUCGUGCCAUUGAACGCCGGUAGCAACACGAUCACGCGCCUGUCGACGCAGUCGUCCGUGACGAUCCCCUUCGAGCAGACGUUCCGCGACCUGUCGGCGCCGGGCGGCGACGUGCGCGCGCCCGAGCGCGCCGCGUUCAACUUCUGCGGCUGCGGCUGGCCGCAGCACAUGCUGGUGCCGCGCGGCACGGAGCCCGGCAUGCCCUACCAACUCUUCGUCAUGCUCUCCAACUACGACCUGGACAGCGUAAACAAUCCAGAUGGAACCGAAAUGUCAUGUGUGGAAGCGUCCAGCUUCUGCGGUCUCAAGGACCGACUGUACCCUGACAGGCGCGCCAUGGGCUUCCCCUUCGACCGACCCUCAAGGACCGCCGCCAACAUCCAAGACUUUAUCCUGCCCAACAUGUCUCUUAUCGACGUCACCAUACGUUUACAAAAUAUAACUGAACCGAAUCCAAGAAAUCCACAAAACUAAAUUUUCGACUUCCUCUCAUCUCUUUAUCAUAUAUUAUUACGAAUACUUAUUCUUCAUUUUAUUUUAGUCAUUAAAUCAUUUAAAUUACUUUAUUUUUAGUUACAAUAAUUGUUAAAACUGAAGGCUGAUAGUAUAAGUCUAAUGAAUUCUUAAGUAUUGUACAUAGCUAUCGAUGUAAUAGAUGUAAGAAGUGACCUCUUUCUAUAUUAUCUACUAAUAAAGUAAAAAAAUUACGGCAAA